GUCUCCCCUUCCCUUUCCUCCUGUACCCUGUACUUUUAUCCCCUAAUCCAUUUAUACCUCCUCUCACAAUGUCCAUCUGGGACUCCCUCGGCGGUCGCAAGCAAAAGCAGCCCGAUGCCUACGACUCUUCGCAAGACGCCACAUCCUUUCUCUCCGAGGUCGCAAUCCCCGAUCCUUCUCGCCUUCACCCUUUGGCUGGUUUGAACCAGGACACACUCGACUAUCUCUCCCUCGAAGACUCCGCCCUCGAUGAACUCCCCGGCUCCCGAUCAGUGUUGCCAUCCCGUGGAUGGUCAGACGACCUUUGUUAUGGUGCCGGUACGACUUAUCUCAUUGCACUCACUGCCGGAGGCGCAUGGGGACUGGCAGAAGGAUUGAAUAAGACACCGGCCACGGCACCACCCAAGAUCCGUCUGAACGGUGUCCUUAACUCGGUCACCCGCCGCGGUCCGUUCCUGGGGAACUCUGCCGGUGUUGUGGCUAUGGUUUACAACGGUUUCAACUCGGCUCUUGGAUACGCACGAGGCAAACAUGAUGCUUCUAACAGCAUUAUUGCUGGCGCGUUGAGCGGAAUGCUAUUCAAGAGCACACGCGGUGUUAAGCCUAUGAUGAUCUCUGGCGGCAUCGUGGCUUCCAUUGCUGGUGCCUGGACUGUCACGCGACGGGCCUUCUUCUAGAUUGCUGGCAUGGCCAGUUUUAUCCUACUUGACUCCUCGAUUCUCCGAUUCUCGGUUAUCUGAAUCUCCAUACCCUCUCCGCCAUCUAUCAACGACAUUGGCGGUUGACGAUUAGCUACCAAACUUUGUCUUUCCACCUGCGAUGUAUUACAACCAUUUUUUUCUUUCCCGAUCUCUUCACUCCGGCGCUCAAAGCAUCCAUAUUUCGCAUUUAUGCGUGGGUUGGGAAUGGGGUGUGCAACUGGGUUUGUACUUUGUAUUUUUUCUGUGUACAUAGAAAAGUCUCUUGCAUACCUACGGUUCAUUGGCUAUGGCGCUUCUGUGUCUCUGUCAGUAACGUUUUAAUGCUGCUCGGGAUUUCC